CAGUUCUCUAGUCUGACAAUCAAACUAAAUCAAAAUGUUCAAGAUCCUGCUUGUCUGCGCCCUUGCCGCCCUGGUGGCCGCCAACGAGAAUCCCGAGGUCAAGGAGCUGGUCAACGAAGUGAACCCCGAUGGCUUCGUCAGCAAGUUGGCCCUCGACAACGGUGUCGUUUCUUCGGCCACCGGAGAUGUCCACGGAAACAUCGACGGAGUCUUCGAGUGGAUCUCUCCCGAGGGCGAGCACGUUCGUGUGAGCUACAAGGCCGACGAGAACGGCUACCAGCCCCAGAGCGACCUGCUGCCCACUCCCCCUCCGAUCCCAGAGGCCAUCCUCAAGGCCAUCGCCUACAUCCAGGCCCAUCCCAGCAAGGAAUAAGCGAUCCCUACGGCUAGGACUCAACCCCGAAUUGGUGCAAUUCCAGAUGACCUUGCCCUCUAACCCUUAGAAUUUAAACAGCAUGCUGACUUAAUAAGUUUGACUA